AAGCAGCCCACCCCAAGAGAUGACCGAGCCCGACGCCCCCCUGCGGCUAGAGCCCACAGAGCUUCCUCCGGAUUUUAGGAGGGACAGCAGGACCCCCGGGGAGGAUCCCCCUUUGGGGGAAUGGAGGGAGCCUCAGUGCGUGGGGGACGUUUCCUCACCAAUGGCCGCUGCGGUUGAGGAAGAGGAGAUUUCCCGAGGGGCCGGAGAGAGGCCGGAGGGGAGCCCAGCCCAGCCGCCAGGAGAUGACCGCUUGCUUGAAGGCCCCCCUGCCCCAGAGGCUUCGGACCCACACCUCUUCGAGUCAGCCGACGUGAGCACCCCAGGCCCCGGGACGGAGCUGGGGUUGCACAAAUGCCGCGGCCUUCCCCUGCCCCUCGGUCUCCCCACGGCGAGUGGCUCAACCCCGCCCGGGAAUCCCGCCGCUAGCCGGCCCAAGGAUCAAGAGGAAGAGGCGGGCAUCUCCCUCGCCUCGGCCCUGAAGGAGCUGCACCGGCUCCUGGUGGUGAGUUCUAGACACGGCUUCCGAAGAGCGGGCGCUCAGCAGGCAGAGAGCUGCCCCAUGCGGGAGGCUCCUCCGGAAGAGUCCGCUGCGGCCGAGGAGGCCUUGCCCUCCCGAGAGCAGCAAGCGAGGCAGGACCCGGCCCUCUCCCGCCCAGCCCCCUGCUUGGAGGCCGGGAUAGAGAUGCUGGAGGAGCCCCGCUUAGCUGGGGGGCAGCAGGAGGUUGCUCAAGGGGCCUCCGGCUGCGGCGACGCUGUCCCGGUAAGCCCUUUGGUGGCAUGGCCUCCACCGCAGGCCAAGGAGUGCCUGAGAAAUCCGGCCCAGCUCUUAUUACCCUCUGGGCAGCACCCUGGCUGCGCUGCUGUGGGCAGUUGCAGCCCUUCCCCGGAGGAAGGGGGAGACUCCAGCGAGCACCCUGAGGCCGAGCCAGAGCCCUCGUCCUUCCCCGGGGCUUUGGAGCCCCGAUCUCCUCCGGCCCUCGCCUCAAACCUCGAUCAGAUUGUGGGGGCCGGCUUUACACCCCAAGAAGCCGGAGAAGCUCUGGAGCACGCGGGGGGCAACGCCGACCUGGCCCUGCUGAUCUUGCUGGCCAGGAACAUCGUGGUCCCCACGUAGCCGAGGUUGCCUUUCUUGGAAGAGUCUCCGUCGUCCGUCCCCCCGUCCCGGUGGCUGGGUUUGAUCCAGCUGUACCUUUUUAAAAUUUUAUUGUAUUUUAAGAGAGCGGAGAAAGGAAAAAAAAAAAACACCCCUUCUUUUCAACCAGGACCAUCCCCCUAUUUCCCCUGGUUGAAUUUUGGGCCGUUUUAAAGAAGCAAAUAUUAUUGGCAUCCGUAUGGAAUCCUGAGAUUGACGGUUGCUAAUCCUCCUCGGCUACAUUUUCGGAAUAAACUUCGUAUUUAAAACGUAUGGGGUUUUUUUAGAACGAUAUGCAAAUAUAAGGCUUAGAAAGGGUAGACCCAGCUCCGGGGGGGUGGGGGGUGCUUACCUUGGCGGAGUGCCAGGAGCAGGGAUGGUGCCUGGCACCCCCUUUUCUCACCCCCGCCGGGGACGCUGCGUGCCAGCCGUGUGGCUGGGGCUCCUUUUCUGCUUUAGCUUGCAGCCGUGGGGUGAAAAUUGGUCGUCCUCCCCAGGCAGAGCCCUCCAAGGGGGCAGCGCUUUCGGGGGGGGGGGUACAGCUGCAGCUGCUGGGUCAGCCCCUCAGGCUGGUCCCAAGGGGCCCUGGGUGUGUGUGUGUGUGUGUGUGCAUUCUGGACCUUCUUUUGGUGCAGCUUUGGAAUUCGGUGGUGGGUUGGCACAACGCUGCUGGGCUUGGUGUGGUGAUAGCAGAGCUUAGGUCAGAGAGGAGGUUGAUGGAGGAGCUCUGGGGGGCUUUCCAAUUUUUCUUUGGGGGAGGUUAGGGGAGGGGGCUGCCCGCUGGGAGCCUCCCUUAACAAGUCUUCAGCAUUGGGGGGGAUUUGAAAUGCAAGGCAGGGAAUUAGUAGCUGCUGAUCAUUUUCCGCCCCGUAAAGAGGGCAGGCCAUGCCUUUGGCGCAGGGGCUUCCAAACUUGGCAACUUGUGGACUUUCAACUCCCAGAAUUCUCCAGCCCGUUGGACUUCCAACUCAUCAGCUCGCUAUCUUAUAAGCCUAAGCCGGCUGGAGAAUUCUGGGAGUUGAAAGUCCGCAAAAGCCUUAAAAGUCGCCAAGUUUGGAGACUUCUGCUUUGGCGAGAGUCGAUGGCGUUUGAAGUUAAGAAAAGGCGGGGAAGGGGCUUCUGAAUUUUCUCUGCAGCUUGAGAAAUCUUGGGGGGUGGGGGACACAUCUCCCCGUAAUUCAGCACGAAGGGAGAGUUUUGAAAUGGCGGGUGGGCGGGCGCACAAGCGACGUUUCUUUUGAUUUGACAAAUGUUGUUGGCUCUCGGCUAGGAUUGACGGUUUCAGACGGCUGGGGGGGGGGAGACCCACCCCUCCUUUCUAUGGGAAGGUAACGGGGGUCUCCGCAUGGCCAGAGCUCCCUUGUCAGCUGCCCCAGAAGGGGCCUGCCUCUCUGGACACGGGUGCAGAAGCCAGGACUAAACCUUUGCAAACGGGGCAGGAGAAUCCUGGAAGGCCAGCCGAGGGGGUGAUGCUUUGGAAAGACACCUCUGGGUGACUUUGGAAGGCUACACUUCCUGGCAGAGAGCAGGUGGUGCUGGCACCGUUGUGGCAGCCUGCCAAAGCACUGGCCUGUCGUACAGGGCCUGCGUAUAAUUCACGGGAGGGCCGGCCUGGAAUCUUGCUCCCUCCUUGUAAGCCAAACCAAGGCCUGGCUCACCGGUUAGCCACCCCUCGAGUCGGGUGCCACACGCAACGGCCCCGGGGGGGGGGGGAAGGGGUGGGCCCUCUCAGGAAUCUGCCUGCCACGUUACCGGGCUGCCCUUCUUCACCCUUGUCUCGGCCCGCUGGGGCGACCGUUCUCUAUGCCCACGAACGGUCGCCAUCUUGGGAACUCGCUUCUUUUUACCAAAAAAAAAACAAUAAAAGUAAAAAUAAGGACGUGUUUGGCUGAGAGGUGCGGGGCGGUUUGCUUCUCAACUGGGAGAAAACCUGUAAACGUUUUGGAUUUUAAAAAAUAAAAAGAUGUGUUUUCUCA